UGCAAAGAAUCAGGAAGUAAAUUCCGCUUGUUUUGCGGUUUGAUUUUGGAGGCAGGAUUAGAGCAAACGAGUCGUAAAACAAACUGGUAAGAGAAUCAUUUCUAGUAAAAAUGGAUAAUAGUACAUCGCUACAGGGAGAUGACUGGAAGAAGACCAGAGAGGCGGUUGCAAACUUCCGUCGACUGUUGCUUUGCUCCAAAUGCUUAAAUUUGAUGGAGGAGCCAGUGUGUCUGGGGAUGUGCGAGCAUAUGCUGUGCAGGUCUUGUGCUGGCCCCCGGGCAGGAGAUGGCUGCGCUGUGUGUCGCAGCCCUGCGUGGGUGAAGGACAUCCAAAUCAACAGGCAGCUUAGCAGCAUCAUACAGCUCUUCAGUGGCAUGGAGUCCCUGCUUAAUCCCAAAGAACAACCAGACUCCUCUGUUGCUGAGGUCAAAUCACAGGCACAGGCUGCUGUCCUAAAACACAAGAAGAACUUUAAGAUCUGGUUCAGUCCCCGCAGUCGAAAGGUGCGUUGUAAGGUAGAGAAGCCUUUAGAGGUCACCACUCCAGACAAAAAGUUCUCUGGAGAACAGCCUGCAGCUCACUCCAACAUCACAACAGCUCAGUGCCAGGGCCUUUCAGUGUUUAAUUUCACUUCGUCCUCCCAAGACUCUUCAUCUUCACAAAGUGAAAAUAAUGCAAACAAAAAAGAAAAGAAGAAGCCUAAGAAAGUUGCCGCAAGAAGGCAGGUUCAAGGACGCACUCGUACCACACGUAAACAAACCAAAGAGAAUAUGAAAAAGAAAAGGCUGGAGGCCAUAAACCAGCAAUGGGGAAUUUCAGAGGAGCAAAAUCCCUCAUCUGGACUGGAGCUGGCCUGUGCUGACCGAGCAAGAAGGUCCAGUAAACGGGUUUCUUUCCUAAGCCCUGCUGUCACCACUCAUGAGCCUCAGACUGAAGUAUCGCAGGUGGAUGAACUCUGUUUGACCGACAGCACAAAAAAAGAGGGUCUCUCAGGAGGGAAGAUCGAUGUCCUGAGUCACCAAAGCCAGCAUGGUCAGAGCACAUUCACUGCGAUAGCGUCAACAAAUGUCCCCAUUUCAGAUGACAAUUCCAAUAAAGACAAAAACACAUCUCCCCAUGAGAAUCCCUCCAAAAGAAACAAAGCAGAGGAGAGAAACUGCACCUUGGAAACCACACCAAAAAGACCCAGGGCUUCUCCGGGCCAAAGGAGAAAAUCACCAGGUGGACUAUCUUCACCUUUUGCUGAGCAUUUAACUUUAGCAAGCCCGAUGAGUGAAAAGAACAAGAAACACCCGAGACGAGAUGAACAGCGUAGUCCCUCUAUUAUUGCACUUAUAUCUUCGGAAAGCCAAAACAAAUCCUUGUGCAGUCCUCGAUCAUCUGUCGGCCGUUCAAGCCCUGGAAGCCCAGCAGUAAUGAAGAGAAACCACAAGGGAGAGACCCCUCUGCAUCUUGCUGCAAUAAAGGGAGAUGUAGAUUCUGUCGAAGAACUGCUGGACCAGGGAGCGGACCCCAACCUGAAAGAUAAUGCUGGCUGGACGCCCCUGCAUGAGGCAUGUAAUCUGGGCCACCUGGCAGCUGUGAAGGUUUUGGUCUCAAGAGGUGCCCUGUUGAACACACCUGGCUAUGAAAAUGAUUCUCCACUCCAUGAUGCUGUGAGGAAUGGACAUGCAGCCAUUGUUAAGCUGCUGCUGCAGCUUGGUGCCUCGCAGAAUGUUCUUAAUCUGCAUGGAAAGCGGCCUGCAGAUUAUGCAGUGAACCAGGAGAUGCUGGAGAUUUUCCAGGAAACUGCAGAAGGAACCCAAAAUGCUAAUUCUCAUACAUCUCAUAGCCCCUCAGCAACCAUCUCUGUGUCGAGUGAGAGUGUGAGAAGGGACCAGACUUUACUGUUAUUGGCCAGCAAGCUGUCGCCACCAGAGCGGCAUCAGCUGGCCAGGCUGGGAGUGCUACUGGGAGGGAGGAUUGCCGAUGCCUUUUCUGGCUCAGUGAGCCAUGUCGUUGUGCCAGAAGGACAAAUGCCCACCACCUACUCCACCCUCCUGGGUCUUCUUGCCGGCUGCUGGGUUGUCAAAUACAGCUGGGUGGAGGCAUGUCUCCAGGCGGGGAAGUGGCUGACUGAAGCUGAGCACGAAGCGGGAAAAGGCCCUCAGCGCAGUCGCAUCAACAGAUGCAAUUUGCUGCCGCCGCUCUUCGAUGGCUGUUUCUUCUUCCUCCUGGGCUCCUUUAAAGGGCCGACCAAGGACGAACUUGCAAGGCUUUUGCGAGAAGGAGGUGGCCAACUUUUGAGCCGGCAGCCGAAGCCGGACAGCGAUGUGACACAGACUCUGAAUGCAGCAGCCUAUCAUGCCGAGCCGGGCUCUGACCAGGCCCUCUGCACCCAGUACAUCAUCUACGAUCCGCAGGGAACCUACAAGCCAGCAGUUGUCAGACGAGGGAAGGUAUGGUCAGCUCCCUCUACCUGGAUCAUCAACUGCAUUGGAGCCUUCAGCCUCCUUCCUGUGCCUCAACAUUAAAAAAAGACCUGAUUUCUUUUUUUUAUAAACCCUUAAUAGCUUUUUGUCUAGAUUUUACUCACUCUUUGUUUUGAUUUUUUUUUUCACUUGUGGUAAGUUUGUUGAUUUCUUGCUCAAAUUAAUCAUUGUUUUGCUAACUAAAACAGUAAUGUUUACAUCUAUACAUAUUUGUGUUUUCAGAUUAUUCUAAAUCAUUGUUGUGGGGAGCUGUGUAAUUCUUACAUUAUCUGAAUAAAUAAAUGCUACAGUACAUUAUCAUUUUACUUUUUAGAGAGUGCUAAUAGGAAUGUAAAGAUUAUUGGACUCCUAAGACAAUCAUAAAAGAAGAAUAACGAAAUCUCAAAAGGUAAAAUGCAGUUUCCACACCAACUUGCUUUAGGAAUUUAGUGUGAUGAUUAUUAGAAGAGGAUUAGAACUACAUCAAAACGGGAUUGGUUCUUAGUUCCAGACCAAUCACAUCCAAACACAUCAGUGAGGUGUUUGCGUGAUGAAGGUCUACUUAUUAAGUAAUACUUCUGGAAGUUUACAAGUGUGCAAUAGUUUCAUUUUGAUUUUCGGAGUUUAUAAGAUGAAAUAGUCCAGAGCUACUGGUAUCUCAAACAUUAAGCUAUCAAAAAACAUACUGUAAGGGUUUCUCAGCAAAGGUAAAGUGUAAGUGGAUCCUGUGCAGAGAGUUUGGUAGGAUUUAAUAGAGUAACUGAAGUUAUAUGAAAUUAAAAAUGUCUAAAGUUUUUUUUUUUUGGUUUGAUGUAAUAUUCUAAUCCUAAAUGUCAUGUUCAUUAGCUGUUAGGGGACAAUCAUCAUUAUGAACAGAAAUACAUGUUUUAAAAACAUCAGUCUGUGUGUAAUUAAGCUAAAUAAUGUGUUUCACUUAGUGAAGGGGCUGGCUAAAGCUUGCAACAGACCAUCAUCCACAAUGAAACAAGUCUUAUACCAACAAUGGCAGAAAGACCACCGAAAGAUGAAGAAGCCAUUACCCCAAAACCUUAAAAAAAAGCCAAAUCUCAGUUUACCAUUGCACCCAGGGACAAGGAACUUAGUUUAUGGACUUGUGUCCUGUGGUUUUGUGGUUUCCGGACGAGCUGGAAAGGUUUGUGAGAUUAUAUGUGACUCAAACCAGUUCCGUCAAGAGGAAUAGGUCAAAGUUACAGCAAACUAUUGUGAGACAAUUGUGGACAGUAUUCUACCAAAUACUAAGGAAAUAUAUGUUAAAGUUGUAAGAAACAAAUACUCUCUCUUACUUUUUUGGCAUUCAGCAAAUAUUAAUAGUUUUGGUAAAUAUAACUGACCAAAAAAGUGAUUCAAUGUCAGACAAUGAGAAAAAAACAGUAACGUGUCUUUAUGUAUUCAUAAUUAAUAAAUUAGAGCAUGCCUUUCGAUGAAGCCUGUAUGCCAGAUAAAAAGUACCUUUUGAAAAUAACACAUUUUAAGUAGAUAUUAAACAUGCUUUUUAUUAAGCCCACAUUUUUGUAUUGAAAUGUUUUUGUAUUGUUUUGAUGUAAUUUUUUAAUCGUGUUUUCAUUA